AUGGCAGAUGAAACUACUUACACCUUCCCGGCCAGUUCGCUAGACCGCGGCUCCGGUUCCCAGGCGGUGGAACGUCCAAGCAAGAGGCUGCGGAAAAGGACCAACCUGAUCUUUAACCAAAGAUACGACCCCAUAACUAUGGUUAUGAAGUGGCGAAACGGCGAGAAAAGUGCCGAGCUUCUCUGCGAGGGCCAAAAAACAAACACCAGGCUCAAAGUGUUCCACCAACCCAACGGCCUAAAGACGAUGUGCUUUUUCUGCCCGAUGCCUUCCAGGAACAAACCUAAUAACAUCGCGGACCUUCAGUUCAUCCAGUUCCACGAUGACAGCGUAAAUAUUAGGGCCCUAAUGUUCUCCAAGGACGGCACACUAUGGUCACCGGGCGAAAACGGGAAACCGAACCCCGAUGAUCAUUAUAUGAUUGUUAGCAUCAGGUUUGAUAUCCCAUACCCAAACCAGCUGCCACCCAAAGAUGAUCGUACCAAUCACCAUUCUAUCGAUUGGAGGAUUUUCGAUUCCAUUGCAGGCAUAAAAGGUGGUUUGUUGGAAAUGAGAUUCAAACCAUGGCUUGACCUCUACAACUGGAUCCUGAAGAUACAAGAACCAGUCAAUAUCACCUACCAACAAAAGGUGUUAGAUCGUUGGUGGCGGGAUCGCAGGGAAUUCGAAACGACAUGGCGCCCUAUAGUUAAAAGGGAAUACGAGCAGCUGAAAGCGGAAACGGAAAAGCAUAUCAUAACGGACCUUCUAGCGGAAUUUGAGGAGCUCCAAGUCUUUUCCAAUGACAAGCUUGAACCCGCGGCGGAUUUAACUGAGGAAGACUUACCAAAAAGGGGAUCCAAAUUUUUCAGGGUCACUCUCUGUCCAGGUCCUAAUUUUAAACUUCCUCUAGAUAAUAACAACCAGCCUCUAAAGAUAGAGUGCAAAGAAGGCUCGAAAUUUCGGCUCCGUUGGCCCGUCCCCGGGAAGAAACACGCUUUCUUUGAACUCAAGGGCACGGUUUCCGCCGAAGAUGAAUACAGAUCCGAAACAUCCCCAGGCAUCGUGGCCAGCAUGGUGAUACCGAUCAACCGGCAAACAGACCCUCGGAAGGCGGCCGUAUUUAGUCUCCAAAUGGUCGCCGACAGGACAAUCUACGACCGCCAAGUUCAGGCCAUCAAAAAUUUGGCGAAACCUCGGCCUAAAGUCGAAGACAUACUGAAACCGGAAGAAGUACUACUUCUGGGCAAACCUGCAUCACCGAUAUUGCUGAGCACAGAAGUUGACCUCCGCGCCAUCUGGCGAAAGUCACUAUUCUCGGGCGGCUUAGACGAGUCCCAAAUGUCAGCUGCAAUGAAAUGCCUCCAGUAUAACGCCUCAGUUAUCCAAGGGCCUCCCGGUACCGGCAAAUCUUUCACCGUCAUCCAAACUGUGAUUGCUUUUCUUCGAGCCCAAAUUGCAUUAGCCUUUGAGAAUAUUCGGCUCGAAAUUAGAUCGUGGGAUAAAGAGCAAUGGGAAAGAGAAAAAAGGGAGGCCGAGGAGACGAGGGCUGCCCCUUGUGAGGCCACUGGAACAACCGAUACCAAAGAAGAUGUCGAAAUAAAUGAUGCCAUUGGAUCCCCAGGUUCGGAAACCGUCUCCGUGAAGUCGAAUCAAGAGUACAUACGGCCUCGGCCCUCUCUAGAGGAUUGGCAUAAGCGAGUACCCCAUGUAUUAGUGACGGCAGGUUCCAACUAUGCGGUGAACCAGUUGUUAAGGAUUUGGCAUAACUUCGUCAAUCAGCCGGGUUACAGCGAUCUCUUAGACAGAGUUGACCCAUUGGUGGUCAGAUAUGUCGCGGAGAAUUUAUAUCAUUUCCAACCCGGUGAUAAGUCUGGCAGUGCAGAAGCGGCCUCGAUUACCGAACUGAAACAUGUCCAUGGCGACGAUGUCGACUACGACGAUGAUAGGUGGUCAACGCCCUUGCUUCUCGAAGUUCGAGACUCCAAGAAAACACAGUUUCCCUCUCAAUAUUCACACUUAGUAAAACAACAGACUCUCUUUCCAGGUCGAUACGAAAGUCUCAUUGACCUCAAAAGAAGAGUUGCCUCGGGAACAGCAAACGACGAGGUCCUUGGAGAGAUACACGACCUAACCAUGGAAAUCAACAACAUGCUAUUUUCCAAUUCCCUAGUAGUGUUCUCGACGACGAGUUCCAGCGGUGGGUUUACAGUCAGCGCUCACUUCAAACCCGAUGUUGUGAUUAUCGACGAGGCUGGUCAACUCUCAGAGGUUGAUACUUGUGUCGGGUAUGCUAGUUCAAUCGGUGUCGGACAGAUCAUUCUGGCAGGCGAUCACGUCCAACUACCCCCAAUCAAUACCCACAGCAUUCCUUUUUUACAGAUGUCUGGUUUAGAAAAAAUUGCGAACAUAAAAGGCGCCGACAGUGGGGUAUUAACAACGGACCAGGACGUUGUCGGGCCUGGACCCCAAUGGGCUCUACUCCGGCACAACUAUCGCUCGGUGAGGGGGAUUGUCCAACCAGUGUCCCAGAUGUUUUACGACGGGCUCCUAAGACAUACGAUCGAGAAUACGAGAGAAGAAGAUAUAUUUAUGAGGGUAUGGACGCGGGGGCGUACAAAGGAGGUUAAGGAUGACCCAUCAGAGGCGCCUUGUAUCCUUUGGCACAAUGUUCCACAAGACUCCGUUACGGACGACCCGGUUUCCACAAGCAAACUCAACUACAUUUCUGCAGAUUUGAUUGUCCAACUUCUGUCGAUCAUCGGAUCGGAGGGUAACGCAUGGGCAAUCGAUCCCAGGGAUAUCGUUGUCAUUCCGAUGUACUCCGCUCAAGUGGGAGUCAUCAGAAAGGUCAUGAAGGAAAAGCUCGAAGGGGAUAUGCGAAAUGUCAAAGUCGCAACGGUCGAUAGCUUUCAAGGGCAAGAGUGCCCAUAUGUGAUUAUCGACCUUGUUAGGUCGACAAUUGAUGGAGCCCGCCCACUUGGAUUUCUCCGUGAUCGGCGACGCAUCAACGUCGCAAUAUCCCGAGCCAAGCUGAAGACUAUUAUAUUCGGGGACAUAACGAUGUACAGUCAAAGCGAGGAGUUCCAAUACGGGCACAGGAGCAAGUGUUUAUUUAACUUGGCCCAAGAGAUCCUGUACAAGGAAAGUCAAAGUCUGCGUGAAUACUGA